AUGGUCUCCAGGGAUUAUUACAACGCCAAUAUCCUCUUGCUAGAGUGUGCCAGCAACUUCGGCAUUAUCAAAUAUUUGGAUAACGAUGGCAAUCUCCUUAUCAAAACGCAAAUCGGCCAGUGCACGCAACGGUUCAUCGAUCGAGCACAGGACCUAGUCUUGCUAGACAAAGAGAAUGGAGUUGCAUUAAGGACAUACCCAGGAUCACCAUUGGUACGAGCCGUUGUCUCACAGCUCUCAACAGAGCUCAAGCGAAUCUACAGAAACGGAACUUUGGAGCUCUAUAACAAGAGCCAAAUCAGCAAGAACCCCCGCAGGCUAGUCCUCGUAACGCCCAUUAGCCAGCGUAUCUUUUGGAAGAGUGGUACACCGGCCAACCUUCAAAUACCGACGUUGAUUGGAAGAGCACAAACGAAUGGACCUAGUCGGGGCAACAGAAUCUAUCAGCGACAUCGUGCCCAGGCGAAAAGACCAGAUAAUAAUGACGAGCCCAGGGACGACAAGAACGAAGGAUUCGACUAUACUGCAUUGCCCCCUAACAACUGGGAGCCCCAUUGUGACUUCAUGAAUCACAAAUUUAUGUCGUCGAACCAUGGGAUCACGUCCUCCUCUCUUCACGUCCUCCCCUUUGUCAUGGCAGUUACAUUCUUCGCAGUCGAUCCCCAAAAAGUCGAUGGCAGCGAGCUAUCCCUUGCACCCGAGCCUUCCUCCUCUUCUUCACCGUCCAGCUUCAUCAUAAUAUGGCGUUUGAUCGUUUGUCAGGACACCACAACUCCCGAAGGACUCUACCUCCCGCUCGACAGCACACUUCUCGUUGAUGCCCUCUCGACCCUCUUCCCCCAGCUAUCAACGAACUAUAUCGCAGGCCCGGACCUUGCGACCCUCACAUCCUGUCUCGCCCGGACCGAUACAUUCACCUUAUUCCUUGCCACAGAAACUACGUCCCGCCUUCUCCUCGAUACCCCUUCUUCUUCUUCUUCGGAUACCGUAGUGCCAAAGAUAUCCCUCAAGAUCGAGAGCAUCGUCGGGUGCUUGACCCUAAUUACCCUGAAGCUGCUUAUGAACUCUCGUGCGCAUAUCGAGGAUCUCGUUGUCUCGAAUGCCUGUCGUGGAAAGGGUGUCGGCCGUGGGUUAAUGAAGCGGGCACUCAAAGAUGCUGCGGGGACGCAUGGAUGUAUGAUGGUUGAUCUCACGAGUAAACCAGACCGUGUUCAGGCUAGAGCCUUGUAUGAGUCCUUGGGAUUCCAGAUCAGAGACACAGGUGCCUUUCGGUACUAUGCCCCUGCCACUACUACUACUACUACUACUACUACUACUCAGAGCUGA